CUCGCGGGCUUUCACAUCACCUCCUGCCUUUCUUCACUUGCUCUCCUGUAGCGAGUUGUUGGUGUCCUCCUUUCUCUAACAUGAGUGAUUAUUAAGUUACUGUGCUCGGCGAAGGCGCGCAAAACCGCUCCAGUGUGUGACCACGGAGUGAGGGAGAAGUAUGAGAUCAAUAGUCUGAACCCGCUUCACCUCGACGAAGAAGAAGAAUCGAUCAGAUCGGUAAUCGUUCUUUUCUUAUCUGGCGGCCUUCACUUACACCGCAUGAUGGGAUCUUUUCGGCGUCCCAGGCCGCGCUUCAUGAGCUCACCGGUACUGUCGGACCUGGCCCGCUUUCACGCCAGCUCACCGACUCUGCAGCUCUCUAAUGCAAGUGUCUGGAACAGUGUCCAGACUGCUGUCAUCAAAGUAUUCCAAGGAGGAGGGCUUCAGGCCAAUGAGCUGUACAGUUUAAACGAAAGCAUCAGGUGGCUUCAGAGGACAGAAUUGGGUUCCUUCAUCACAGAGUACUUUCAGGAUCAGCUGUUAAACAAAGGCCUGGCAUGUAUAUUGGAGAAAAUUCAGCUUCACGAGGAUGAAAACUGGCUCCAAGCUUUGUCUGAGAUGUGGGUAGCAUUUUUUACUGAAAUCCUGCCAACACUUCAAGCCAUAUUCUAUCCUGUACAGGGCCAAGAGCUGACAGUGAGGCAGAUGGCUUUGCUCGGUUUUAGGGACCUGGUUUUGCUGAAACUUCCUCUGGAGAAAAAGCUGCAUACUGCCUCUUAUCCUCCUGCUAUAAUGCAGAUGCUGCUUAUACUACAGGGCAUUCAUGAGCCUGGUGGGCCUAGUAAAGAGUACUACCUUCUGGAGAGACUGGUGGACAUGGUGAUUUCACCCUACCUGAGUAACUAUCUCUACAUGAGCCACAGGGACACCACUUCAGACUGUCAUUUGGAACAAUCCAAGUUAACAUCCUCGCCACACUAUGGACAGCCAGAGAUCACAGUCACACACUUUGCUCCAGAGUCGUUGCUGGCUCCACUUGUAGAGCACGAAGGUGAGGCCUAUCUGGAGAGGACUGGGGGCGUACGACGGCACACGGUUGCUAACGUUCAGUCAGACAUCCAGCUUCUCUCCGUCACAAACAAAAUGCACACUGGCGAAGCUGAUGGCAGUGGGAAUGGCCAAGGGACUAAAUCCGGCAGAUGUGGUUCUCCCAGGCCGCGAUCAGCUGCAUCAGAAUCUCUGAGGCGACAGAGCCCUGCUCACAUGAGCUGUGAACUGGCCAGUUGAUGUGUCCUAGAGGACAAGGGAGUACCCUAAAUAUGCCUGCCAUUGUGCCCUAGAUCAAAAGCCCAUGCGGUCUGCUAUUUACUCACAGUAUGUGGCCUGCACUAAAAGAAAAAUCAGCAUCAUUCACACCAUACAAGGAAGCAUCAGAAGUCAUCCCUCCCCAAGACUGACCAUGACUGCAGGUACUUUGUUAGUCACAUUAGUGGCGUCAUGUGGAGCACCACAGCAGUUUGUGUGCAGCAUGACGCCAUAAUGACCGCUGACAUGUGUCCAGUGGAAAAACACUUGCUGUACAACAUACAGUGGAGUUGUAUGUAAAACAGUGUGUGAAUAAGUGGAUUGUACGGGUGUUUUAAGUGUACGUUUCUGGACAUAAAUUUGCACAUUUACUCAUUUUCUCAUGAAGUACUGAACAGUGAACAGCACAUAUUUUCACCCACAGCAAAAUCUGCUCAAAAGUUACUGCAGCAAUUUUUCAUGAAUGAUGGCUUAUUAUAUUAUAUAACUAACGAGUUAUUGUUCAAUACAGUUGUUUAUCCACUUUUAAAGCAUGGGGUAAAAGGAAUGCAUAAAGAGCUAAAAAGGACCUGUUCUUAGCUCAGUCACCACCUAUGCAGUUCUCUAAGAAGCAUGCUUUUUUUCUGCUGUGGAAGUCGCAAAGCUGUGUGGAAUUUCAGCCCUGCUGAGCUACCAGAGUUUACAUAGCUGCAGUAAGGCAGGGGUGCACAACUUGUGCUGGCUGGCCAGAGUUCAGCACAGUUUGGUGGUUUCCCUUCUGUAACACAACUUCUAAACUUUAUUAUGAAUGGUUCAGUCCUUGAAGUGAAUGUUGCUAACAAUGCGUUAAAGUUAAUAUCUACCAUUGUACAAUAGCGUUGUUAAAAUUACAUCAUGCUAAUAUUGGCUAACAGUGACUAGCAACAUUAGCUAGUAUGACUGAGCCAUUUUUCUUUAACUGAUGAGUUAAAUCAGGUGUGUUUUGUGCAGAAAAAAUGCCAAAAUGGACUAGACUGGAGUUGUGCACCUCUACAGUGAAGUCUUAGUCAAAACCUUACUGAGCCCUCAGCUGUAUGGGAUUAAGGACUUAAGUGCACUGCCUUACACUUUCUGGUUUCGAGCCAUUUUAUAUUCUAUUUACUGUUUCUUUGUAGUGGAGAGGCACAGAAAUAGUAGCUCCUAGGGAAAUUUAGUGAUUUUAUUUCAGGACAUAUUUAGUGUUUGAUUAGUGCUUGAUAAUUACAUGUGAGUGUUUUAUGAUGAAUAUGAUGUAUAGUAUUACAAUUUUACAGUUAUUAAGUACAAAAUAAUAAAGCAUUUCGUUGAGCAAUUUUGUAGAUUUCUUGGCUGAUUAGGAUUUCAUUGGGCAGAAGUCUAUAAUGCAAACUGUAUUGCUGAUUCUUUAUGUAAUGCAAUCUUGAUCCAUCGUCUUUAAUGCACAUCUCCUUUCUGGUAGUUGUUAUAGAACCUAGCAGUGGAUCACUGGUUUUGAUAAGACACAAGUGGGGGCUGUUUUCUUCAGGGCUACAACCAAACCUUGUUCGAUGUAGUGUUCCUAGAAUAGAUAAGGAGUUAAGAAGCUUUAGUGGCCUUAUUUGAAUGCUGAUCCCCUCCAGGGAAAACCUUUGUGCGGCACUGUUGAGGAAUCUGACCCUUCUGAGGGGGUGAAGGUGCUGUUCAAGGACGUUAGACCCAUAGGUAAGAGUGCUAGAGGCUUAUUUGGUUCUGUGUAAUGUGCAAUAAAUAUGAAAAUGGAGGACAGAAUUUAUUCUAUUAAGAACAGUAAAUGCCAAAUGCACUCAAUAUCAAAUGAUGACUUAUAAACUAGGGGUGUAACUUGGGCUGCACAAUAAAUUGGAUUUUUAUCGUCAUCACUGUAUGGGUUUCUAUGAUAAACACAUCGGUAAGAGCUGCAGUGACAGAAUAGAUCAAAUUAUCUUACACACAGUGCCAGGA